AUGACGGAGCUUUUAAGGCACUCGAAAGCCAUGGAGAGAUUGGAGAACAAGGUGAGACUAGUAGUUGGAAGCAAAUUAGAGAUAACAGAGGAAGAUUUAGACAAAAUGCCAUAUUUAAUGACUCCGAUCAAAGAGAGUCUAAGACUACAUUACCGAUCGGUAAUGGAAGUGGAGGCACUUCCAUUACCGAUCACUCAAGAAUUAACCCAUGGCACUAAAAUAAGAUGUUGCAACUUGAACCCGAGUGAUUAUCAAUGCUGGGGAAGUCACCAGAGACCCAUUGUUGUGGGAAUCUACUGA